AUGUCGAAAAAACCAACUGUGAAAAAACCGACGGUGCCAGCAAUGUUUUCCAAAAAUCCUCCUUCUACAACGACAACAACGACAACAAAUGACAAAGAAAAUCUGAUAGAAGUUAAACCGAAAAGUGAUCGACUUGUUCCAUGGGUUGAGAAAUAUCGACCAAAGAAAGUAAGCGAUGUUGCUUAUCAAGAUGAAGUGGUUGCAGUAUUGACAAAAUGUUUAGCUGGUAGUGACUUUCCCAACUUAUUAUUUUAUGGACCACCAGGUACUGGAAAAACGAGUACUAUUCUUGCUGCUGCUCAUGAACUUUUUGGACCUCAAUUAUUUCGCGAUCGAGUUAUGGAACUCAAUUCUUCUGAUGAGCGUGGUAUCAAUGUUAUACGUGAAAAAGUAAAAAAAUUUGCACAGUUUUCGGUUAUUGCAACACGUUCUGAUGGUGCCUAUUGUCCAUCAUUUAAAUUGAUUAUUCUUGAUGAAUGUGAUUCAAUGACAAAAGCAGCUCAAGCGGCUCUACGUCGCACAAUGGAACGUGAAUCUAAAACGACAAGAUUUUGUUUAAUUUGCAAUUACAUAAGCCGAAUAAUCGAUCCAAUUACAAGUCGUUGUGCGAAGUUUCGUUUUAAACCAUUAAAAGAUAGUAUUAUUGUACAGCGUUUACAAACAAUUUGUGAUACUGAAAAUGUUCAACAUGAACCAGAGGCAAUAACUGAAUUAGUGAAAUGUACUGAAGGUGAUAUGCGUAAAGCAGUAACAUUUUUACAAAGUGUUGCUCGUUUUCGUGCAAAUACGGUAAUAACAGCAAUUGAUGUUCAAGAAAUAACUGGUAUUAUUCCAGAGAAUGUUAUUGAAAAUCUUUAUCAAGUAUGUCAUUCUAGCUCAUAUGAAAAAUUGGCCACAACUGUUAAGAAUGUAUUAUUAGAAGGCUAUGCAGCUCAUCAAUUAUUAUUACAAUUACAUGAUUAUAUUUUGGGACAAAUGGCAUUAGGUAAUGAACAAAAAGGAAUUAUUUUUGAAAAAGCUGCUAUUGUUGACGGCUGUUUACUGGAUGGAGCUGAUGAAUAUUUACAACUGAUGGAUUUUCUCUGUACGGUGAUGCAUCAAUUAUGUCGAUCAUAA